AUGGAAUGGCUCAAAAUUUUACUGUAUAUUACAGUAGUCCACAAAAUAAACGCUGAUGUUCUCUCGGAAAAAGCCGCCUUCUUCGGCGAAGGACUCAAUUAUGAAGAGAAUCCUUGCGUCAAUUUCCCAAAAUUUGCCGCAGGCGAUUUCCCACCGAACACGACGAAAGUUUGGAAAACAAAAAUUGCGGCAGAAGUGUUGAACACAUCUAGAGAAAAUGAGGUGAGUAAGGUGCUUUACAAUCUUUGUUGGUCUUAGAAAGCUGUGUAAUUUUGUUUCCAAGCACGCUCAACCCUCGGUGGUAUAACACUUUGAGCCUACAAAACCCGUCUAUAACAAACAGUUUGGACUUCCUAAAAGCUAAUUUUAGGCCAAAAUGAACGUCCGUACAACCAGGCAUCCCUGAAAACGGAUAAAUUUUUUGAUCUAUUUUAAUUUGUUGUAUAUGUAAAGAGGUUUUGGAAAGGCUUCCGAGUGUGAGACACAGAUUUCUUACCCAAAAUCCAAGCGUCGCACUAGGAGUACUUCCCCCGUUAGCCAAAAAAUGGUGAUCCUUGUGUUAUAUUACAUUCUAAAUGCCACUUUUAUUCGACGCUUUGGCCUAGAAAAGUGCCUCUAAAAAUUUGAUAGAUAAUGUCCUAAAAGACUGUCCCUAAUAAGAUUGAAUUUUCAGCCAGCUCCCGUCAAGAAAGUUCGCGAAAUUUACAAAAAAUGCAAAUCUGACGCCUCCCUGUUGAAAACGCCUCGAAUUUUCAACUCACCGAACAAAGCCAAGAUAGCGCAGCAGCUCAAGGACUACUUGGACAAAAACGAUUUUUUUGACCACAAGGUUUUCCAUCAAAAUUACAUCCCCACUCUGGCCGACAUGUUCAACUUUGGAGCUGCGUAUUUUGGCGAACACUUGUUGCGGAAGAGGAUCUACAUUCCGAAGCCGAAUACGAGCACCGUCGAUGAGCAUGAAGUGUGCCGGAGGACGGUUCCGGAGGCACAACGAGAUGGGAUUUGCAAGAAUCUGGUCGCGGAGAUUUUUGGAGUGCCGAAUGCUCCGGAGAACUUUGGAGUCGUAUAUUUUCCGGGCAAUGUAAGGCAGUACAGUGAAAAUUAAGUUGAGCUAGUCAAAAGGGAACAUAAGGUCAGGCAGGGCUAGUAUAUUUUCCAUUCCAUUGCAGGCCGCCCACCGCAGAGCGUUGAUUCUCGAGCUCCAGAAAUUCUACGAAAGCCCCGCCGAUCCGGGGCCGUUCCCCGACUGCGAAGCCUUGAUCGUCGAGAGCUUCCCCAUGAUCUACAAAAAGAUUUUGCUCGACGCCAAAAUGCCUCAGAACGAGACAGAAGCCUUCAACGAAAAGCAUAUGAUUUACGCCACAGCCAUCGUUCAAGAGUACCGUCGAUUAAUUCACUUCGAAUUUGUUCCGGAGGAGGAGAAAAAGCGUGUGGACGACUUUCUAAAUCACCUCAAAUUUGAGCUGAUUGGUCAUCCAACCUUUCAGGACGAUGUGUUCGCCCAGUACUUUGGAAAUAUUGAUACUGAGAGCUUCUGGACCAAACGGCAUGUGAAUAGUAUUCAGCCGUUGAUCAAGUUUAAUGUGGACAAGAACAAAAUGGCUUUUUACACCAACAGCUUGACUGUAGGUGCAUUUUUUUGCGCCAAGCUCUGUGUAAAAUCUUUGUAAAACAAAACCUUUCUAUAGCGGACAAUUUUGGAAGUCGCAGAUAUCAUUUUUGGAUAAAAACCCCUUCAUACAAUAAUGUAUUUCCCAUAACAAACAAUUUUUUUCAUUUAUAUGUUCACAGGUUCACUGUUCAGUGGAGUUUCGUUUUUAGGAGCACACAGUCUUCAUGGCCCAAGACAACAACACUUAUAUUGCAUUCGGCUUCGAAGCAGUGUUGCCGCCUUAUUACCACAGCGAGUACCCGCCCUACUUUGUGUUUUCCAAUUAUAUUUUCGACUUCUUCGGAGAGUACAGUAAGCAUGGCGCCAGUAGCGAAUAGUCCGAAGUUAGAGGCUGAUUUCUAUUGCUUUUUGCACACAUAUAAGGUCGAGGCCGUACGGCAAUUAUAGAAAAUUUAAGUCGCGCUUUACGGAACCAGCCGAAGUACCAACCUGUCGGGAAAAUAGUGUGGAUUUUUUGCAGAAAAAGGUCUCGCUUCGUCACAGUCUCACAUCAAAUUUUCAAAUGCGGCAAAGUGAUGGCAAACUAAUGGUGGACGACAACGAAUCCACAUUAUUUUCCCGACAGAUUGAUGCAAGAAACUUCCAUAGUAUCAGCCUCAAAAAUUUGUCGCAGUACAAAGCCUCAUCGCAUCUGCGCACCAAAUAGCCGUGGCAAAUGAGUUAUGGGCGGCGGCGAAUUCACAUUAUUUUCCCGACAGACUAAUACAUGAAAUUUCUAUAAAAUCAGUUUGUCGGGAAAAUAUUGAGAACAGUGUCGCUGCGCUAAUCGCGUCGCUGAAGUAAAAAAAAAUCUGAUUUUAUUGCGAUACAAUUCAUUUUCUCGGCGGCGAUGUGAUUUUCGAUGCGACAGAGUGCCCAUUAUUUUCCCGACUGACUGAUAUCUUAUAAUACUUACAAUUAGCAAGUAAUUUGGCGUUUCAGUGAGUCAAGUCAUCCACUACGCGUAUGUCCACUACGUCGCAAAUUACGGUACCGGAAAACCGUUUGAUGAUGAGUUCACCCACUCCUGGUCCCACGAACAACUCUACUUCAUCAACUUGGCUCAAUUGAUUGUCCUGCAAAAGCGCCAAAAGGGCGAAGAUCCGUUCGAUGAGAACGAUAAAGCUUGGAGAAUAUUCAAAUGCACCCGCGCCUUCUCCAACGCCUUUCAUUGUCCGGCCGGAAGUAAGUAUCAUGUAACGACGGACUGCGAUGUGCUGAAGGGAAAUUACAAUUGGAGCGAGGAGCUGGAUUAUUACAAAAAGAAUGAGAGUUUAGUUGUAAAACACUGA